CGCCUGCGCCGUGGGGCGCGCCGCCGUCCCCGCGUCCCUUCGGCAGUUUCCGCGCCACCGGCCUGAGGCAGCGGCGGCGGCGGCCAAGGAGGAGGCGGAGGCUCUACCGGCGUGUGGAGCGAACGAGGCUCCGGUCCGCCUCUCGGGGGCGAAGAUGGCGGAGGGGAACGGCGGAGGGGCGCCUCCCGGGGUCGCCACGCCGCCUCCCUCGACCCUGAAGGGGCUGCGGGAGCAGAUGGUUGCUGCGGCCCAAGCAUUAGCCGAAGAAAGAAGGAACCAAGGAGGGGUUAGCACUGUUUCACUCCAGGCCCCAAUUAGCACAAAAGCAAAACCAGUGCUGGAUGGUUCUCUCUUGAAGUCAGAAGAACGGCAAAGAUUGGCUCGGGAACGUCGAGAAGAGCGGGAGAAACAGCAUGCUGCCAAAGAAACCCAGAUCCUGGAGAAGGAGAAGAAAGCGAAGCUGCAGUACGAAAAGCAAAUAGAAGAGAAGCAGAAACGGCUGAAGGAGCAGAAGCUGAAAGAGCAGCAGAGAAGGGCUGCGGUGGAGCAGAAGCGGAAACAGAAGAUCGAAGAGGAAAAAGUGCAUUACGAAGCGGUGGUCCAUCGAACGUUGGCACGCAGCCAGCGGUUGGAUUCGCGACAGAAACGGUGGUCGUGGAGCGGGUCGGUGACAGACACCAGCGGGAAGGCAGAAGCCCCCGCUGUAGCUGAAGCCAGCAAGCGCUCUGCAUCAGCACUCAACCUCAAACAGCCCGAAACGCCUCUCCACAAGCGCCUCUCCUCCUCGGCAGCGCUUCUCAAUUCUCCCAGCGUAGGCGCAGCUAAAAGGAGCUCUUCCCUAAACAGGCUGAAUAACAAAGGAUCUCUGAGUUCGGAGCAAGGACUACUCAACGCUUCACAAGCAGAGCAGAAAGGAGAACCGGAGAAGAAACGGAGUUCAUCGUUGAGCAGAAUGAGCAAUAAACUUCCCGAAAUAGAAAACGUACAGAAAGAAGAAAAAGCAGCUCGCCGUUUGGCCGAGAACACUUCCGUCAGCCGCCUGCUCACCCCCACCCAGGCCUCUCUAGCCAGGAGUAAGAGCGCAGCCACCUUGUCUGCUGAGGGCAAAGAUCCCGCAGCUUCCGUCAGCUCCCCAGCCCACCUCCCCAAAGUGCCAUUACGUAGCCGCAGCACAGACCGGUUGAAGGGAGCGGCUUCCUCCUCCGAACACGCCCCGUCGGAAUCCACACAGAAACCUGAGCCAGCCAAGCAGCCCCCGUCUUCCACAGGGAGGAGAGCGCCUUCCCCGUCUCUGCCUGGCUCCAGGCGCUCCAUCUCACCCGGGAACGUGGGGAAGCUCCCUCCGUCUCCAGCAACAAUAAGACGCAGGCCGCAGCAAUCUUCCACAAAUGUCUCACGGCAGCGGCCAUCCUCACCCAUGGCGGUCCCUAAACCGGCCCCGAUUCAGCGCCCACCCCUCACCCUGAACGUCCUCGGCGUCACCAAAAAGAAGAGCGAGGUGGAGAGCAGUGCGGCUCCCCAGGAGCAGGAAACCACCGGGCUCCCCUCGGAGAAAGAAUCGCCCGCCGGACUGCCUAAAACCAAAGAAGAUGCGAGUGGCAAAACUCUUCCAGGGACCACAACUGCUGAAGAAGCAUCGAAGAUCUUGGCAGAAAAACGCCGCCUUGCCCGGGAACAGCGAGAGCGUGAAGACCAGGAAAAGCUUCAAAGAGAAGAGGAAGAAAGAAUCCGGAAGGAGGAGCUGGCCAGCUUAGCCCAGGAAAAGCAGGCGCAGGAGGAGGCCGCCCUCCGAGAGAUGGAGGAGCUGAAGAGAGCAGAAGAAGAGGAGCAGCAGCAGCUGGCCGAGAAGGAGCGGAUUCAGAAGGAGCAGGAAGAGCAGGAGAAGCUGGUGGAGCUUCAGCUGCAGCGGGAAGAAGCCGAGGCAAAGGCUUUCGAAGAGGCCGAGAAACAGCGGCAGGAACGGGAGCGGAUUAUGCAGCAGAACCUGCAGGAGAGGAUGGAGAGGAAGAAGAGAAUCGAAGAAAUUAUGAAGAGGACGCGGAAGGCCGAGCGAAGCGACGCUAAAAAUGAAGACAAGUCGAAUGAGGAAGAUGAGGACACUGAAGAAGAGGAAGAGCAGGGUCUCGAAAAGCAAGAUCAGCCGGAAAAGUCCAAAUGCGAGGACCCCUCCCUUGAAGACAGCCCGGAGGCCUUGUGCCGUUUCACUUUGCUGCACGAAGGCUCGAAAAUGGGAGCGGACGACGUCUUCCUCAAUGGGAACAAGCGGGAGGAAGAGGAGGAGAGGAGUGAGGAUGGGCCCUCCCUGUAUUUCGGCCAGUCAGUAGAAACCAGUAUUCCAGCCAAAGGACCAGUCAUCGAGAACUCGGAAAUCCUGCAGGUGAACGAAGCCAACCGCCCCGUGGCGUUCAUCCCAAAUUUCAACGGAAAAACUUCCGCGUGGGAUUUCGAAGAAAUCAUUGAUCUCGGGGUGCAUCCUAAGACAGGCAGGCUGAGUUCGGAGAGUCUCGCGGCUGAUGUGCCCGGCCAGAAGUUCAGAGACGGCCCUCCGUUACCGGCAAGCCCAAAGCUGGCGUUUGAGGAGGACGGUGGCAUGAAUCCCUUGACCAAACCCAUCGAGGCGGCAUCAGACCUGUGAACACUACAACCCCGGAAGGCUCCUGGUGGCUACGCAGGGAUGCGCGGGGCUCCUCCCGGCGGGAAUGUCUCGGUUUGGAAAAAGAAAAAGCUGCUUGUCGACUUCACCUCCACGUUUCUCUCCGCGUCACCCGCAACAGCCCCCCCCCCCAAUCGGCCGAUCCGGCGUUGCCCCUCGAAGCAUCGCAAAGCAGGAAGGGGGGGGGGGGCAGGAGUUAUGUCACUGUUGCUUUAUCCGCACUCUUUAAACAAGAUUUUUGCUUUUUAAAAAUGAAAUAACCUCUUGUUCUCCUUUGGAUGUAAUGUUCUGUCUGUUAGCUGUUGGUCCUUAAUAUCCCUUCCUGUUUUCGCCCGUAAACACAGCGGCUUGUAACCGGAGACACUUAACAAGCUAGCUAUUCACCCAGGAUGCCCCCGUCUGCAAGGUUAACCGCGGUUUAAUCCGAUGUAUAUUUAAACAAAAAACAAAACCCGGAGCCAAUGUCAUGCGCUUGUUGCUCCCUCCCUCCCUUUCAUUGUUUCGAGGGAGCGACGGUUACUUCGAAUUUAACUUGAAUAUCUGAAAACGUAGCACCUCACUCUAGAACGAGUCCAUUUUGGGGUCAGAUCAUUUCUCAGCUUAACGACAAAAAAAAAAUGGACGCCAACCUCUUGAUUGUCUCUACCAACACUUGAAAACCAGCGCUUGUUCCGGACGGACGGGGGAUUUUUUCAAAACUCAACAGGGCCCCCCAAAGUCGGACAGCGCUCCAUUCUGUUGCCUUACGCAGCUCUCCCCCACCCCUCUCCUCAGUGUUGCAAGGGGGGAGGCUCGAUGGAGACCACUCCCCGCAAAGUUCGGCUCACCAGCAGGAGGUGGGUGUGAAGACCAGCCCCCUAAGACCCCCGGGGGGGGAUGGUGUUUGUGCAGGGUGCAAGGAAGGAGUCCUCCAGCUGCAGAAACCCCCUCCCAGACCGCCUGAUUUUAGAGGGCCCCAGAAUAUCUUGCUUUAUUUAUCUAUUUUUAUUCAUGGAUGCGUGGCCUUCAGUCGAGCCGUGCUGUGGUUUUCUUUUUCAAGAUACCGCACACCGCAGCGUCCCCCCCCGUCCGGUUUACCAAACCGGGUGCCCCUCAGUUUGCGGGCGUGGCAGGGGUGGGAGAACAAGCCUCGUGGAAAACCCACCCUGAAAUUCAUAGCAGCCCCAGCCAGGAAUUCUUGGCAGCCCACCCACCCACCGCCGGUCCCAUUGGGUGGGUCGUCGUUCCAAACGGUUAAACCAUCCCGCGGUUCGACAUUGAACCUCCCCGGACCUGUUAAGUAUUAUAUUUGUGUGUGAGAACACGAUACCAGUAUUAAACCCUCGGAAGGUGCUCGUUCCUCUCUGGGCCGUGUGAAUUGCACUUCUAGCUUUAACUCACCGCUUGCCUCCAGCCGUUUGAAGCUGAGGCUACUACGUGUUCAGCCCAGCGGCUCGGUUUAUUAUUAUUAUUAUUUUUGCCUAGCAAAAGAAGGAAUGAAGCUUUCUGCAAACACGUAGAAAGGAGAACGGUCUUAGACCCACGUCCUGCUUCUCUCCCCCCCCCCCCCAAAUUCCCAAUCUCUUCAAAGAACUGUUCUCACGAAACGACUGUGAUUUCCCCCCCCCCUCUCAAACCCUUUCUUUGCAAGCCUGCUCCUCAACCUCUUUUCAAGCCCAGAUGUUCCCCGUGGAACCGUUUCUGGGAACGCACACAACCUGGGGAGGGUCCCUCCCCAUUAAAUUGCCCAAGCCAGUCUCCUCCUUGCAGGCUUCCCCCCCCCUACCCCGCCCCCGGAAUCGCCAAGGUUUUAGAAUGAAUUUCCCCCAUAGAGCAGUGCCUUAGGUGGAACUAACACAUAUUAUUUUUAUACGACAUCUUUAGGAUCCCGACAAGAGACAAUCGUUCUAACAUGCAUGCAAUGAUGACGCUCCUGUUUUUUUCCGCGCAAACUGAGGCCCGUUGAAUGCUUUGUUAGUUGUAUGUAAAUACGUAUGCACUGUUAAUAAACUUUGCAAUUGGAAGGG